CCUCCUCCCCUUCACAUCCCAUUACGCCUGACUGCUAUUAACUGCAUUGCCUGGGUGACCAUAUGUCCCUCUUCCUUCCCAGAGGUGGCUGAAGCUGUCCUGGAGAAGUCGUCGCGCUUGGUGGGCGUUCCCUCUGGCCAUCCCGCAAGUACUGCUCAUGGCAGUUAUCAAAGGAUUAGGUUCCUGCUCGGAGCUGUAUUCUUCCACUACCCCAAGAAUGAGAGGGUUAUCAAUGCUGGGAAGAGCACACACAAUGAAGACCAAGCCAGCUGUGAGGUGCUCACUGUGAAGAAGAAAGCCGGAGCUGUUACCUCAACCCCAAACAGGAACUCCAAGAGACGGUCCUCCCUUCCCAAUGGGGAAGGGCUGCAGCUAAAAGAGAACUCAGAGUCCGAGGGUGUCUCCUGCCACUACUGGUCGCUGUUUGAUGGUCAUGCGGGGUCCGGGGCCGCCGUGGUGGCAUCGCGCCUGCUGCAGCACCAUGUCACAGAGCAGCUGCAGGACAUCGUGGAGAUCCUGAAGAACUCGGCCGUCCUGCCACCCACCUGCCUGGGAGAGGAGCCAGAGAACACGCCCGCCAACAGCCGGACUCUGACUCGCGCAGCCUCCCUGCGCGGCGGGGUGGGCACCCCGGGCUCGCCUAGCACCCCGCCCACGCGCUUCUUCACCGAGAAGAAGAUCCCGCAUGAAGGCCUGGUCAUCGGGGCCCUGGAAAGCGCCUUCAAGAAGAUGGACCUACAAAUAGAACGCGAGAGGAGUUCAUAUAAUAUAUCCGGUGGCUGCACAGCCCUCAUUGUGGUGUGCCUUUUGGGGAAGCUGUAUGUGGCAAAUGCUGGGGACAGCAGGGCCAUCAUCAUUAGAAAUGGAGAAAUCAUCCCCAUGUCUUCAGAAUUCACCCCUGAGACCGAGCGCCAGAGACUUCAGUACCUGGCAUUCAUGCAGCCUCACUUGCUAGGAAAUGAAUUCACACAUUUGGAGUUUCCAAGGAGAGUACAGAGAAAGGAACUUGGAAAGAAGAUGCUGUACAGGGACUUCAACAUGACAGGCUGGGCAUACAAAACCAUUGAGGAUGAUGACUUGAAGUUUCCCCUUAUAUAUGGCGAAGGCAAGAAGGCCCGGGUAAUGGCAACUAUUGGAGUGACCAGGGGACUUGGGGACCAUGACCUGAAGGUGCAUGACUCCAACAUCUACAUAAAACCAUUCCUGUCUUCAGCUCCAGAGGUAAGAGUCUAUGAUCUCUCCAAAUAUGAGCAUGGAGCAGAUGAUGUGCUGAUCUUGGCCACUGAUGGACUUUGGGAUGUCCUAUCAAAUGAAGAAGUAGCAGAAGCAAUUACUCAGUUUCUUCCUAACUGUGAUCCAGAUGGUCCUCACAGGUACACUCUAGCAGCUCAGGACCUGGUGAUGCGUGCCCGCGGUGUCCUGAAGGACAGGGGAUGGCGGAUAUCGAAUGACCGGCUGGGCUCAGGAGACGACAUUUCUGUAUAUGUCAUUCCUUUAAUACAUGGAAACAAACUGUCAUGAAAAUGACCCGGGGGACUGGGAGGAUGGAGGGGGAAGAAAACAGGGAUGCCUCUGGGCAGAGCAGAACUGGGAGGUGCCCGUCUGAGUUCAGGUGACGCAGUUUCUUCCCAGCCCGAUGGGGAGUUUGCUGCCAAAAAGCUUCUGGCUGUGCUUCAAGGUGACCCUUAGGUUUCCAUUUCUUCUUUAGUAACAGGUCUGGGCACUCAACAAGAGCAAAGCAGGGAGCCUGUUACAGAGUGUUGUAUCUCCAUUGGUUUCCUUUAUAGGCCUCCUGGGCAGCAGGUGCCCAUCUGAGAGCACAUCCAUCGUAUGUAUUUUACGUAGAGUAGCUGGGACAACCAUUUUUAGAUGGAAGAAGACCCCUCAGCCUGUCACGCUGCCACCUUCUCUCCAGGUGCAAAGUGCUGCAUUGGAAAGUUGGGGGAGUCACACCUCAAAGUAUAAGAACCUACCUUCUAGGAAGCUCGAGAUUUAUUUCAGGGAUUGCUGUCUUGCCCUUCCUUCCCCCACCUCUUUCCUUCUGUUUCUCUUUAUUUUGUGGUGAUGGUAGGGGAAGGCUGGGAUUUUUUUUCUUUCCAACAUUCCUGAAAUCUUUCUUGUUUCCCUCACAGGGAAUAGGACUGGGACUUUCCAACUCCUUGCUGAGGAAUUUCUGUGUUAAAGUCCAGCCCAGGCUGGGUUGUCCACAUAUCCUGUGGCCCGCACCACCCAGGCAGCCAUCUGGAGCAGUGCCCUGCAUGACACUGUGUCUUUGUUGUGUAACAUAUGUUCCUGAGUUGCAUUUUCUCACCAAAUCCAUGUGUUUUCUUGAAAAUAGGGUUGUUCCUUUGGACCACUAGCUCCUCUGUUAUCUUGAGCAGUCUCCUUGGGCAGCUUGAGGUCUCACUGAGAGAAUCUGGAUUUUCAUUUCUGGAAUGGUUGGCUUCUCUCGCCUGCUGUGUCAUGGGGAUCAGUAUAAAGCAGUGUUUAAUGGAACAGGUUAGGAAGCUCUUGUAUCAGUGAGUUUGUCAUACCUCAUUUUAGGACAGUUUCAGAUUCAGGUUUCUUGGAUUAUGACUGUCCUCCAGCUCACUCCAAGCAAAGUAUGUCUAUCAGAGUUCUGUGAGCCAUAGAAAAUCUCUUUCCAUCAUCUUUGAGAAAGGCCCACUCAGGACGGCACUUGAAUAAAAGUGAAUUUGAAGUUGAGUCCUUCUCAUGCUAUCCUCCCUGCUCCUUUUCCAGAAAGUCAUGCUGUAGCUCCCUAAAAAUGGAGACCCUUGUUCCCACAGGGGAUCCACCUCUGUUUGCCUCACCCGCACAACAGUAGCAGACACCCCACCACCAUGAACACCCACUAUUUCUGUGCCAGGAGGAAGGAAUGCCAAGUCAAAAUCUCUUUCAUCUCCUGGGAGAUUGCUCCUGUGUACUGGAGGACCUUGUAGAGCAUUUAAAUGCAUACUUCUGUCUUUAUAGGCCUUAUGGGGUAUCAUCACCAUUUUGUGUAAUUCCAACACUCUCCCAACCCAAUAAAGAUGGAGGUCAUUUGUGUGACUCCACAAAAGUGCUGGACAGUCAAUUCUAGCUCUUGUGUUUGUUUAAAUUCCUAUCCCAGAGGAGAGGAUAGGAACCUUUCCUCCAGGUAGUAAGUCACCUACUUCCCUGGAGUUGUAGGUAUUUUUGUAGGACAGAUCUGGAACCUUCCUGCUCAGGAAUGAACUUGUUGCACAGUGUUGAAUCAAUGCCCUGUCUGGCAGGUAAAAUACUAUGGGAACUUUCUCCAUCAGGUGUUUGCCAACAUGUUGCCUGAGAAGAAAUGGGCUUUUACCUUGUCGGGAGCCCUUUUCAUCAGACAGCAUUCCCCACUUCUUCAGGAAACUUUAGCUACCCCCAAACAUCUCUCUUAGCAGUGGUCUGUGGUAAAUCAUUUUCUUCCCUGGCAGAAUAUGAUGCCAUGGGAACACUCUCAGGCACCAUACAACAGUGUGGUCCCCCUUCUGCUCCUGCACUGAUUCUUAAAGUCACAUAGAAAUUGGAAACUUGAAAAAGUCUUUCAUGAGGACCCCGUGCUGCCUUCUUUGGGAUCCUUCCCAUUGCUGCCCUCUUUUUCUUCUCCUCCCUCUUUCUUUCUCUUUUACUUCUUCUUUCUUCUCUUCCUCUUCCUCCUUGCCCUUAUUUUCUGCUAUACUGGACCUCUCUCUGGGCCCUACCUUGAUCUUCUCCAGUCUUUCAUAAGUUCUCAGAGUCAGAAUUUCAAUGCAGAUGUCCUGACAACUUUCUAUUCAGUUCACCAUUUCCUUUACUGCCAAGGCAUGUCUCAGGAAAAACUCUGGAAACCUCUCAUUUAAAUAAUCCUAAAACCUUGAGCAUUUAGUCCUGCUGGUUUUAGUAACAAAGGUAGCUAGGAAUUCUUUUCUUAAGUAUUCUUGGAUAGAAAGAUUAUAAUAGCAAUCUAAAGCCAUGUUUGUAUUUGGGGGAUAGAAGAAAGACUAUAAGUGAGGUGUAUAAAUCAAAAGCUGAAAAAGUAAUUUGUUAAUGCCCAUGGCAGGGCUACCCAGCACUGAUAUUGCUCUGUGAAUUGAGCUUAUUCCACUUGGCCUUAUUUUUCACCCAGGGCCCAAGUUACCCAUCCCACAAUAGUAACCAUCUAUGUAACAGCUUAGCCAUUGGAGCAUUCUUGGAAAGGUCAAAAAGCUCACUCAGAAUUCUGCAGAACGUAUUUAUAUGUGGUUCUGAAAUCUUGUGUAUCUGACUUAUACCCAAAUCUGCUUGUCCUGAUAGCCUCAGAGGAAGUCUUGUGUAAUUGAAAGUGUUUGAUUUCCUAGCUUGGUCUUUAUGGUUGUCCUGGGGGUUACCUUUAUUGAAAGGCUCUUUCAGCUCAAAAUCUCUUUGCUAGGCUGAUCCCUGGUCUUUGAACUAGUUGGCAACACUCUUCCUUAGAGUGUGAACUCACAGUCCGGCCAUCCUCUACAGCAUCUUGCCAGACAACCCCACCAAAACUUCAUCUUGUAACAUCAGGAGUCAGGGCGGUGCCAGCAGUCAGGUGGAGGGAGUUCUGCUAUGGCAGAAACUCCUGCUUCCGAGGCAGGAAAAAAGAGUUGAGAAUGUGUCUAGGCUAAGCACUUACCAAUCUAAUGGGAGCUUAAAAAGUGAGAACUUCCAUUCUUUUCAACAGUAUUCAGCUUUGCAGAGUCUGGAGUGUUCAUUUUUAAAAUUCCUAGCAACUUACCUCUGUGAAGUCAGCGGUGCCCACAGUCUCUCACUCUCUUCUGUCAGUAUUUAUUUAUCUUGAGGGAGGAAUUACAGCCAUAAGUAGGUAUUGGUGGGCAAGAAUGAGUCCCAGGACCCAGAUUUAGACCCACAUGUUAGCCAUUUGGACAAGGUUUUCAGUGUACCAGAAACACCAGUGUGGAAUCACUUGGGGAAAGUCUCCCUUAUCUUUAUCAGUCGGAUCCUCCUCUUGCUGUCCCUUUCCUUGUCUCCGUUCCUACCUCCUUCCUCAUCUGCUUAUCCACCAUAACCGUAAGGCCACAGUAGUGGUUUUCUUUCCACCAGUUUGAGGAUCUAACUUUUCCUUAAGAGAUCCACCUUUUUCAGAAUAUGUUAAGCUUUGAUAGGAUUUUCAUUUAAGUAGGUUAGUGCUUCUGGAGCAAAUGGAGAAAGCAGUGAGAUUCAUUGUCUAUGCAAACCAGACUGACCCUAAAAGUUACCAGAUUUAAGCAAAGAGUAAAACAGAGUCUUACGUUAAGAACUUGGAUUUUGAUGACAUACAAGAGUGGAGAAGUGGAGCAGCCUGCACAGCACAGCCCACCUCUCCGAAAACUUGGGUUUUGCAUGGCAUUCACCAAUAUAUAUACACUGGGAUUUUCAAAGGACACUACGUGAGUACCCUGACUCGUUUCUGAUGUGAGCCCCAUGGCUCUUCAGCAGAUGUGUCAGUUUGGGAAAGACUGCUCUUUCUGAUCCACAGUAUCAUUUGUGUAAAUAGCUUUCAUUUUUUCUGUGUGUCUUAGAUAAAGUUUUGUUCAUGUAGCAACCAGGUAGACAUUGACCAAAUAAGGUUGUACAUGUGUUGUUGUUUCCACUGUGAUGUACCUGAAGGAGAGCCUUGUGUCCUCUACUUUUGUGAUCACCUAUGAGUACUUUAUGUUUGUUUGGGGAGUCCUUAGAUUCUUUUCACUCCUAUUUUGCCUCCAGACUUCUUUGUAUCUUUGGAGACUCGAGGAGGCCCAUGGUGAAGAUCGUUUGUAAGGAAUACAUAUGUUAUGGUCUGCGUUUCCAAAACUACCCUGCCUACAGUGAAUUAAGAGCAAUCUGCCUGAAAAUGGUUUCAGAACCAUGUACCUUUAUGCUUUGUGAUUGUGAAACGUUGACUUUUGUAACCCAAAAAUGAAAACUGUUUAGUAAAGGGGAUCUAUUUUGUGUGUUUUAAAAUUUAGGUGCAAUGUCCCCUGGGAAAAGCUAAAGAACUGUAUAUGUUCAAUGACAUUUUAAAAUAAAAUACUAUAUAUAUGUACAUAGGACAUCUUUAGCAAAACUUUUGGAUCUCUUAUUUGAAUCCACCGUGAAAUUUCUUCAUAUUGUGUGAUGGAAUGGUACGGGAGCAUCCUGAAUUAGUGUGAGGUUAUCAUCUAUAAAUGCUGACUCAGAAUGAAAAAGAGGAAGGGUUGGUUGCCAGUACUGUAAGCCUUCACAGAGUACCAGUGAGGGCCAAGACAUGUCAACUAUGUCUGUAGCAGAACUACCAUGCAUACAGCAUGUAUAAACACACCAACAAUUCAGAGAAAAGAAUUACUCCUAAGAGGGAUUAUUAAGUAAGAAGGCAAGUGUCUAAUCUUGCUGGAGGCAGUACAAAUCAAGACUUCCCUAAUCACUUGAGCACUUUAAAUUCUUACAAAGUAUUGGUAAAAUGUACUGUCUUAUAGAGACAAGUUACCCUAACACUUGGGGUGAGGCAUCAAACAAUGCUAAUUCUGCUUUGCUGUAGAAUCCCAUAAGUUAAAAGUAAUCUAGAAGAUGUCAACAAAAUGUUUUUAGAAAUGAUAAAAGUACAAGCAUUCUCCCUUAUCAGUGGGAAAUAUUUUCCUAGACUCCUAGUGGCUAAAAACGUAGACAGUACUGAAACAAUUGCUAUGUUUUUUUCUGUACAUACUUAUGAUAAAGUUUUUGAUUUAUAGACCAAGUACAGUAAGAUUACUCACAAUGACUAAUAACAUUGAGCAAUUUUAACAAGUUAAUAAAGGUUAUGAAUUGUUUAUUCUUGGAAUUUUUCACUUAAUAUUUUUGGGCUGCAGUUAACCACAGGUAACUGAAAUGAUGAAAGAGAAAACUACAAAUAAAGGAGGACCACUGUAUUAAUUUGCAAAAAAAAGCUAAAUGUAUAUUACAGUUUAUCUGAAACUUAGAACAAUAAAAGACAGUCAUGCUAGAAUGAUUUUACUGCCAGGCUUCCCAAGCUCUUUCACUUUCAUCUGUACCUUAAUGCUUCUGAUUCUUCCUCAUCCUCUGCUCAGUAAUAGAAACCAAUGGAAAGGGUUA